AGGUACUUUUAUCGUCAUAUAACAACUUAUAUUUUUCAUUCAUUCUCUUCUUACGAAAAAAAUGACUAUCAAAUUCAAUCCCAUUCUCGGGACUCUGAUCUUAGUGGUGAUUGUCACCGUUCUUCUCCAUGUCUGCGAUGCACAGGGCGGUCUGAGAGUGGUCGUUAUCGUAGGCGGUUGGAAGCCCAUAACCAACCUAACGGACCCUGAAGUGGUAGAGAUAGGAAAAUUUGCGGUGGAUGAGCACAACAAAGAGGCGAAGACAAAACUGGAAUAUCAAGAAAUAAUAAAAGGAGAAAGUCAAGUUGUUUCCGGAACAAAUUAUCGACUGAUCAUUACUGCAAAGGACGGCGACUCGCCACAUAACUAUUUAGCAGAAGUGUGGAACAAGCCAUGGAAGAAAUUUAGGAAUCUUACUUCCUUUAGACAAUGUACUCUUCAAAAUGGAGAAGAAAAGUGUACUUUUACCUAAAUUUAUUAAAAACGUUAGAUCUGAACUAAGUAUCUAAUAUUUGAAAUUAAAGAUAUUAGAUACAUCUAAUAAUUUAUGGAAGUUAAUGAAAUGAAGAACAAUGAUAAAUGAAGAGAAAAAGUGUAUUUUUACAUAAAUUUGUGGUUGUCAAGUUUAUUUUGAUCCAAUGAUAAAUUAUCUUAUUUAAGUUUA